UCCCAUCCGGGCCGCAGCAGCUCAAUUAACCCGGGGCGCGAAACCGCUCCAGCGGCAGCCAGACGCUCUCUCUCUUGUACCUGGGGCCAUGGGCCGCGCACGCGCGCCGGGGACCCGGUCACCCCCGCCGCCGCUGCUGCGGCAGCUGCUGCUGCUGUCGUCGCUGCUGCUGCUGUCCCCGACCGUGCGCGGCGACUGUGGCCAACCUCCAGAAAUACCUAACGCCACGCCAGAGGUGGAUGGGAAAACCAGUUUUCCCAAGCAAAGCACUGUGGUAUAUUUAUGUAAUAAAGGCUUUCAUAAAGUUCCAGGCAAGGAAGACACAGCGAUGUGUCUUGAAAAUGGUCAAUGGUCUACCCUCGAAACAUUCUGUAAUAAAAGCUGUGAUGCUCCAACAAGGGUGUUUUUUGCACACCCCAAAAAGGAAUAUAACAACUUGAAUUAUUUCCCAAUUGGUACCACUGUGGAAUAUGAAUGUCGACCAGGAUUUCGAAGACUACCUUUACUAUCAGGCAUAUCAACGUGCCUUGAGAGUUUAGAAUGGUCCAAACUUGCUGAAAUUUGUAAAAAAAAAUCAUGUAGUAAUCCUGGAGAAAUAAAAAAUGGCCAUAUCAACAUAAUAACCAACAUAUUAUUUGGUUCAGAAAUACGCUUCUCAUGCGACACAGGGUACAGGCUGGUUGGUUCAACCUCUAGCUUCUGCUCUCUUUCGGGAAAUACUGUUGAGUGGAGUGACCCAUUUCCAGUGUGCACAGAAAUUUUUUGCUCGGAUCCGCCGGAAAUCAAGAAUGGACAUAUUCAAGAGGAAAGUGAUACUUACACAUAUAGACACGCUGUCAUCUACGUGUGUGCCAAAGGCUUCGUCCUGGUUGGAAAGAAGUCCAUUUAUUGUACAGUGGAAGAUGACCAAGGGAAAUGGAGUGACCCAGCACCCCAGUGCAUAGAGAAAUCCAUGAUCCCAUCAACAUCUCCAAAGCCGACAACAGUUAAUGUUUCAGGUACAAGAGUGUCACCAACGUCUCAGAAACCCACCACAGUUAAUGUUCCAGAUACAAGAGUGUCACCAACAUCUCAGAAAACCACCACAGUUAAUGUUCCAGGUACAAGAGUGUUACCAACAUCUCAGAAACCCACCACAGUUAAUGUUCCAGGUACAAGAGUGUCACCAACGUCUCAGAAACCCACCACAGUUAAUGUUCCAGGUACAAGAGUGUCACCAACGUCUCAGAAACCCACCACAGUUAAUGUUCCAGGUACAAGAGUCCCACCAGCAUCUCAGAAACCCACCACAGUUAAUGUUCCAGGUACAAGAGUGUUACCAACAUCUCAGAAACCCACCACAGUUAAUGUUCCAGGUACAAGAGUGUUACCAACGUCUCAGAAACCCACCACAGUUAAUGUUCCAGGUACAAGAGUGUCACCAACGUCUCAGAAACCCACCACAGUUAAUGUUCCAGUAACGCAGCGUGUACCUGCUACCAAGACAACCACACAUCGUCCACCAGGAACUUCUAAAGAGAAAGAAAGGUCUACCUCAGGUGGUAACCGUCUUAUAUAUGGGCAUACAUGUUUAAUAACCUUGACAGUUUUGCAUGCGAUGCUAUUGCUCACUGGCCAGUUGACUUAGCCAAAGAAGAGUUAAGAAGAAAAUAUAUACAACCAUACCGCAUACUUCUAAUGUGUUAGAAUGUCCAGGAAGAAUGGAUGCAAUAAAUUGAAUAGUUUUCUUGCUUUGGCAUGCUAUCAGUUGUCUUUAAGCUGUGUUAGGAAUGUUAACAAAACAAGAAGAAAGGAGUUUGUCUGGAAUGGUAUUGUUGAUCUACAGAAGUAUCUCAAUAUUUCAAAACUAGAAAAUUCAUAACACUGGUCACUUUUCUAAAAGUGUGAGAAAAUGUAGAGACUUUUUUUUCUGUGCUUGGAAUGGGAGUUUGGAGAAAGGGAAAUCAUUAUUUCUUUUGCUAGAUCUAUCAUGUUAUUCUACCUUACAAUGAAAACAGAAAGCUAAAACUACAGAUUAGAUUGUAAAAGCAGAACACAGACCCCAAACUAAAUCCCCUUUCUUCUAAGCGGAAUUGCCACAGAGAUGGAACAUCUUAAUUUAACCUUUGACCUGAAGGUGUUUUCAUUUGGACCUUCCAUGAAAAUGAGUUGGCAAACUAUUACAAAGGAAGAGCACGCUAACAAACCGGCAGUGGGAUGGGGAAUGUAGCUCACUUGGUAGAGAGCUUGCCUAACAUGCGUAAAUGCCUGGGUUCCUUCCUCAGCACACAUUUAUAAUUCUAGUACUUGGGAGGUGAAGGCCAUAGGAUCAGAAAUUCAAGGUC